AUUGCCAAAAAAUCAGACUAGAAUUUUUGCACCCAUGUUAUUACCCAGCCAGCUGCAAGAAAAUUUGUACAUUUUUGUGUGAAAAAGAAUUGAGUUCGGUAUCCAAAUAUCGCAUUGUAUUACGCAAAGUAUUAAACAUAUUGUGUGCCCAUAAUAAUCGACCAGAUAUAUCCCGGUUUUCCGGCGGAUCUAAGUGUUUUCGUAAGGUCGGAUCGCGAAUAAUAUCGUAUGACGCUGACGAUAGCUGACUAGGGAAGCUUAGCAAUCAUCUGCAAUGUUCCAUCGAAUAAAGAGGCUGUAGAAUUUGGCAAUAUUAAACUGAAACAGAAUUUUGCGUGCUUCGUCAAACAAUGAGUAGAUCUACGGCGGUCCGAGCUCAGGAGCGCAGGCAGGCCAUCUACUACGUGUUUGUUUACGUAUUCUGCCUUCAGAUUAUCACGACGAAUACGCGUACCUCCACGCUGUGGAAACUAAACUCGGAACAGGGAAAGAUUGUGAGCGUUCCCGUUUCCGGUGGUGCUGGAAGAGAUGAUUCCUUCGGAGGCUAUCCCGUGGAAGAAUUGACGGGUGAGCGAGGCCAGUUACUUCAUCCGGAUGAAUCCGACGAAGAGGAAGAGUCAACGUUCGCUAUAAUAACGGCGACUGCAGCCAACUAUCGACAUAACACUUGGAAUAGGGGCGAAGGCACAACGGAAGAAUUAUUGCGGCGGCUCGAGGAGAAUCCAAUGGUUAGUCCUCUAACUUCCUACAGUAAAUCGGCAAAAAACGCAAGCACUGCUAGUGAAACAGGGUUCCGCAGUAGCUCCUCCCGGGAUCUGCACAAGGAAGAUACAAAAGCCUCCGACCAGCUGGACUUGCUAACCUGUGGUAAACCGGUAAAUUUUACCCACUACGAUGAUCUGGUGGGUGUAGCACAGCGCUACGAGCACAACCCAGCGCCAGAACCAGAAGUUGCCUAUUUGUUUCUUAAACGAAAAGCGGGACAAUCGCUAGAGCAUUUCAACAUUGACGCGUUGGAAAGACGGCUACGUCGGGCCAUGAAGGAACAACCGCACACCAUUUAUCUGUGGAAUCAAAUCGGUAAUUUUUGGCGCAUCAAGGGAAACGCCGGUCAUGCAAUCGAGUGUUUUCGCCGAGCAUUGUCCAUUUCUCCCACUAAUGCAGACACACUGCUGAAUCUAGCCCGGGUGCUGUUUAAUUUGCAAUAUCUGGACGAUGCCAUUAGUCUUACCAAACGAUCUCUGGAGGUACACCCACCGGAACGCAGUGCGUGGCGACAGUACUUUACUCUGGGUGAAAUCUUCAAGGCAUACGGACAGCUAUCUGAUUCGAUACUGCAUCUGAAGCAGGCGCUGGCGCUUCAUCCACAUUACGAACCGAUCCGACGGCUGAUUGCCGAGGCUGAAAAGAUUGAGUUUGCAUCCAAUACAACACGGAUGCAGUUCUACACGGGGCUAAUCAUUGUGGUGUUGUCAUUGGUUGUCCUUCUGAUGGUGACCGUCAUGCUCAAAACCAGAGGCUCUAGUCACGGCCAUUGCAACAGCUCGGCUCUCAAUAUUGCUGGUUCGGGUGCGGGUGAUGGUGCUUUCGGAGACGAUGCCGCUAACGAUAACAACAAUAACAGCACUGGUCGUCUGAUGGGACCACUUAUCAAUGGAUUUUCGCUGGCUGGUUUUCGACCGGCCAAGCAUUUUAACCGAGCUCAGGCGAUGCGUUCGCUCCGGAGUGUCGCUUUUCGUUCGUUCCGCCCGUUCAGGUAUCGAAAGUAAGUUAUCUAAUAGGUACACAACACACAAACACACAUUAUAUCCUAGUGAGGCUGACAAGCCCUUGACUAUUUAUUAGAUCAUACACACGCAGGCAGAUGAUACAAGUUAGAAUUUGAAAACAUUCAAAGUAGCAGCAGCAGCUUCAAAUCCCACACCUAUUUAUUAUCAUUUACCAUAUAGGCUGAUAAAAGCGAACAUCAAUAACUAUCGUCAUUACGCGCUAGAUAGUAACGCGAACGUAGCGCUAAGUAUAAGCUUAGAUGUGAAAAAUACGUUCGAUUUUGCAACAAAAAAUACUCUUUUGUUCAAUUUGAUUUAAAGAUACUGCACAAGUACUUCGUUCCCGGUUGAUACUGGCGACUCGGUGAGAUUAAGGAUUCUCAUCCUAGCUUUUCAGCAGUGAGUCUAUUGCGGCUUCCCCGUGAGGAAUGUCGAUGAAUUAGGUUAAUAUCCGUUAGAUUCCUACCAGAGCUUGAACCACCCAACAUGGUUAUGUUCGAUUUUCGAGUUCUGAAACGAAAACGGAACCAUUUCUCUCGUGAAUCGAAUGUGAUAGUUUUACUUUUAUUUUUAUUUUAUUUUUUGAAUUAUUUUAAAUGAUUUGUUUUAAAAAUCUUUCAUUACUAGAAUUAGUCAUGCGCACCCCCAUAUGCUCAGUGAAAAGCGAAAAUAAAUGCUGAAUUGAA